AUGAGACCAAGUAAUAGCUCAACUGAACAAUCAGCUGGACAGAUGGAAUUCAAACAAAAUCUACUCCGGACCAUCAUAAAACCAUCCCACAACAGAUUCGCGAGGCCAGCAGCAGCAGCAUCCCAUCAUACGCUGGCCAAGGCUAUCACUUACACCCAGAAUGGCGAUCCAACCAAAGUACUGGUCCUGAAGAAAUUCACACUGGGGCCUCCGAAGGGAAACGAAUUGGGAUUGAGAUUCAGAUUGUCUACUCUGAACACUAUUCAAGGGCGAUAUCCAUGGAAGCCCGAGAUAAGAAAGGAUCUGAUCAAAGACGAGCAGUUCUAUGUCGCCGGGAAUGAAGGCUUGGCUGAGGUGGUUAGCUUGGGAGCCGAGGUAGAUCCAAAGCAUUGGAAAAUUGGCGACUGGGUCCUCAUGGGAAAACCGCAACUAGGAACAUGGCAAUCGCACACAAAUCUUGCGGCCGAAGAUGUGAUUAAGCUGCCGAAUUCAGAGCGUCUGAGCGAAACUCAAGCGGCAACGAUGUCCGUCAACAUGUCAACGGCCUACCGCAUGAUCAAAGACUAUCUCCCUCAACCAUCAUCACCAGAUACCUGGAUCAUUCAGAAUGGAGCCAACUCGAGUGUCGGUCAAUACUUGCUUCAGCUUUGUAAAGCGUGGGAUUUAGGAUGCAUCGGCCUGAUCAGAGACAGACCGAACGUUGAAGACCUCAAGCGGUAUUUAACUCGUCUGGGAUCGGAUAACAAAACAACGAUCAUGACUUAUGAAGAGCUGACCGAGCGGCCGAAACCAAGCAAGCCGAUCACCUUGGGUCUCAAUUGUGUCAGUGGGAAUGCCGAAACAGUUGGGAUGAUGAAAUGGAUGUUGAGUGGGAGUCGAUUAAUCACCUAUGGAGGGAUGUCGAUGAAACCGUUGGUCGUACCCACCUCACUCCUGAUCUUUCGGAACCUCAAGCUGGAAGGCUUCAUGCUCACCAAUUGGCGGAUGAAGGCCUCUAAGAUCGCCUACAGAGAGAUGCUCGAGGACCUUGUUCGCUUGAUCGACCGCGGCCAUUUGGUCGAGCAUGAAAAUGCCACCAUCGUCGAUCUCCACAACGAUCAGGCCGAGAGUAUCGUCCGUGAAACUGUCAAGGAAAGUAUGAGCGGCCGGUCCGGGAAAAAGUUUCUCUUUCGGUUCAUCUGA